UAGCUCAGCCAUGGCCGCCGCGGCCGCCGCCACCACCUCCGACUGACCUCCCCCCUCCCAAAACCCUAGCCCGCCCCCGCCGAUGUCGUUCGCGCCGCCGCGCCUCCUCCCCCUCCCGCUCCCCCCUCCGCCCGCCCGCUGCGCCGCCGUCUCCGCGCGCCACCAGGGGGGCCGCGCGGCCCCUGAGCUCUCGGGGCCCACGCCGCGGGUGGUGGUGGUCACCUCCGGCAAGGGCGGCGUCGGCAAGACCACCACCACCGCCAACCUCGCCGCCUCCCUUGCGCGCCUCUCCCUCCCCGCCGUCGCCGUCGACGCCGACGCAGGCCUCCGCAACCUCGACCUCCUGCUCGGACUCGAGAACCGCGUCCACCUCACCGCCGCCGACGUCCUCGCCGGGGACUGCCGACUCGACCAGGCGCUCGUCCGACACCGCGCGCUCCACGACCUCCACCUCCUCUGCCUCUCCAAGCCGCGCUCCAAGCUGCCCCUGGCGUUUGGAUCCAAGACACUCACCUGGGUCGCCGACGCGCUCAGACGCCUCUCCAACCCACCCGCCUUCAUCCUCAUCGACUGCCCCGCAGGUGUUGAUGCUGGGUUUGUCACUGCCAUCGCUCCUGCAGAAGAGGCGGUACUCGUUACUACGCCCGACAUUACUGCUCUCCGUGAUGCUGAUCGUGUGGCAGGGCUUUUGGAGUGCGAUGGCAUCAAAGAUAUCAAGAUUAUUGUCAACCGAGUGCGACCAGACCUGGUGAAGGGGGAGGACAUGAUGUCAGCACUUGAUGUGCAAGAAAUGCUUGGGUUGCCUUUGCUAGGCGUGGUGCCAGAGGAUGCGGAGGUGAUCCGGAGUACGAAUAGGGGUGUGCCGUUGGUGCUCAACGACCCGCCCACGCCUGCUGGCCUUGCUCUUGAGCAGGCUACCUGGCGUCUGGUGGAAAGAGAUGCGAUGACAGCAGUGAUGGUCGAGGAGCAGGAGAGGCCCAAGAAGAAAGGUGGCUUCUUUUCGUUCUUCAGUAGGUGAGUCUGGGGUUCACUUGUGGAGUUUAGGAUGUAGAAAUGGUGUACAGGCUCGCAAUCAGGAGUUGUUUUCCUUUUGGGUUUUCCUUUUGUACUAGGGUAGUAUGAUUCAUUUGUUAUGCUGGUGUUGCAAAAAUGUGUAACUUUGGCUUGAUGUUUCUGUUAUUGGAUGAUCUGUUCUACAUAAUGCAACUUUGGCUUGAUGUUUAUUAUAUAGCGCA